AUGGCACCCUCGCAGAAGAGAAAGCCAAUUGAGGACGAUUUCAUCCAUACGCUCUCCGACAACGAUGAAUUGCCUUUUGGAGAGGAAAUAGAAGAGGGUCAGGCCUCUUCUGAGCGUCCUCGAAAGAAGGCCAAGACGGGCAAGAAGUCGAAGAAACAGGCCCAGCGCGAUGCCUCGGACGACGAGGACGAAGAAGAGCCAGAGGGAGUCUGGGGCAAGAACGAGGACGACGAUGGCGCCAUGGACUCGGACUUUGAGUUCAUGGCCGACGACGCUGGUGAAUUCGCCAGUGAAGAGUUUGAGGGCUGGGGCUUUGACGGAGCCAAGAGUGGAAUGAAUGCCGACAAGAAGGGGGUGGACCUGGAUGAGAUUAUCAGGAGAAGGAGAGAAAAGAAGCUUGGAAAGUCUGAGGAGGAAGCUGCGGAAGACGUCGAGGAAGAUCAAGAAAACGACAUGGAAGUCGACCUCGACGACGACGAUGACGAGGUUCUCGCGGACGACGCUUUUGGUAUGAACGCCCAAUCCGAGGACGAAGAGGAGGAUGAUGCCGAAGAAGGCGACGAGGAAGAAAACGAGGAAGAUGGGUCGGAGGAAGAGGAUGACGAUGAGGCAGCCUCGGAUAACGAUUCUGUUGCUACACCUGUGAAUCACCCCGACGAUGAAGGGUCCAGCGACGAGGAGGACGCAGAGGAGGAAGCGAAAAGAAACGCCUUCUUUGCGCCCGAGGAGAAGGAUACAUCUGGCAAGAAAGCCGAUACCUCCUCGUUCCAAGCCAUGUCGUUGUCUCGACCCAUCCUUCGCGGUCUCACCAACGUUGGAUUUUCCAAGCCCACACCCAUUCAAGCCAAGACGAUACCAAUUGCCUUGAUGGGAAGAGAUCUGGUGGGUGGCGCUGUUACUGGUUCAGGUAAAACGGGUGCCUUUGUUAUCCCCAUCCUGGAGCGAUUGCUGUACAGACCAAAGAAGGUCCCUACUACCCGUGUGGUCAUUCUGACACCCACACGUGAAUUGGCCAUCCAGUGUCACGCUGUCGCUACAAAGCUUGCUUCUCACACCGAUAUCAAGUUCACAUUAGCUGUGGGUGGUCUGAGCCUCAAGGUCCAAGAGGCGGAACUACGAAUGCGCCCCGACGUUAUCAUCGCAACGCCCGGUAGAUUCAUCGACCACAUGAGGAACUCUGCCAGCUUCAACGUCGACACGGUGGAAAUCCUCGUGCUGGAUGAGGCUGAUCGAAUGCUGGAAGACGGUUUCGCGGACGAACUGAACGAGAUCCUGACCACCAUCCCCAAGUCUCGCCAGACAAUGCUGUUCUCCGCCACCAUGACUUCAACUGUCGAUCGUCUUAUUCGCCUGGGAAUGAACAAGCCCGUUCGUUUGAUGGUGGAUUCGCAGAAGAAGACGGUCGGCACCCUGGUGCAGGAGUUUGUUCGGUUGCGUCCGGGCCGAGAGGAGAAGCGACUGGGCUACCUUGUGCACCUUUGCAAGACUCUUUAUACGGAAAGAGUAAUUGUAUUUUUCCGCCAGAAGAAGGAGGCGCAUCAAGCUCGAAUUAUCUUCGGUCUUUUGGGCAUCUCUUGUGGAGAACUUCACGGUAGCAUGAACCAGACGAUGCGUAUUACGAACGUCGAAAACUUCAGAGACGGAAAGGUCACUCAUUUACUGGCUACAGAUCUGGCCUCUCGUGGUCUGGAUAUCAAGGGCGUGGACACGGUCAUCAACUACGAGGCCCCCCAGUCGCUUGAGAUCUACGUCCAUCGUGUCGGUCGAACAGCCCGUGCAGGACGCAAGGGUACCGCCGUGACGCUGGCGGCCGAGCCCGACCGCAAGGUCGUGAAGGCGGCCGUCAAGGCUGGAAAGUCUCAGGGGGCGAAGAUUGUGAGCCGAGUGAUUGACCCGGCCGAUGCGGACAAGUGGCAGGCUCAGAUUGACGAGAUGGAGGACGAGGUCGAGGAGAUUCUCCGCGAGGAGAAGACCGAGAAGCAUCUUGCGCAGGCAGAGAUGCAGGUGAGGAAGGGUGAGAACAUGAUUGAGCACGAAGACGAGAUCAAGUCUCGGCCAAAGCGAACCUGGUUUGAGACACAGGACGACAAGAAGUCUGCUCGGCAGGCAGGCCGCAAUGAACUGAACGGCCCCCGCGAGAAGCCGAAGCUCAAAGCUCCGACGAAGUUGAGCAACAAGGACAUGAAGCGCCUGGAUAACAAGGCCAUGAGGGCUGAGGGCCGAGAGUGGAAGAAGGGAAAGACGAGCGAGAGUGACAGCAAAGGCAAGUCGUCAAAGGGAGGGGCAUCCCGAGGGGGUAGGGGACGGGGAGGCGCUCGGGGAGCCGUCCGAAACCGGUAUCGCGAGAGCCUCUUCAGCUUCCGCCUCGACACCCUCCCCUCCCUGAAGCACAAGCUCCACCAGGUCAACCCCGGCGACAGAGGCUACAGGCGCAUGAGGAUCGCAGCCAUGGCCGGGACGCUCUACAGGAGCGGGCAGCAGGCGGUUACGGGCAUACGGGACCAGUAUGCGCAGACUAGGACGGGCGGGGACGGGACCUCGGAUACGAACAGCAUACCGCACAUACCGAGUGCUUUCCCAGAUGUCGACAUUGUGACGAGGGAGGGCCAACAGAUGAUGCUGUUCCCGUCGUACGCUAAGAAUCACAUUAAGAAGGACUGGAGUAGAAUCACAGCGCAACAAGCACAAACUCCAACUGCAGGAUUGUCGGAGGAGGACUACUGGAGGCAGGAAUGGGAACGGAACGAGGACAAGAGGGCCAUUGUGGAUGUGGACGUGCGAGGCUGGGUUUACUCUCCCUUGGUAGGGCCGCUGACGAGGCGCAAUCGCAUGCUGUUGGGUCUUGCCCGACAACUCAGCGGCAUCACGGCCCCGAGAGGAGACUCGGCCGGCUACGAUACCUCAGGUGGGCUCCCUCAAACUCAAGAAGAGCAGGAGCGGAUUAAGAGGGAGGCAGCACAGAUUGAGCGAAUAGGCCAACAAGAGAAGCGAGUGGCGUAUAGAGGUGGCUAUAGCGAAAACCCUCAGCAGGGUCUGGCCGAGCCACCCAGCCUCAGAGCACGGAGCGAAGCCUCAGAUUCGAUGCCGCCGAGCCCGAGUCAGACUGCGACGCAGUACACUACGGGACCUGUCGAGAUGACUGAAGCAGAAUUAAUUGCGGCCAAUGCAAAUCUCCUCGCGCGCGUUGCGCCGUUCAUGACGAACCCGCUCGUGGCAUCGCCCAUCACCGUCUUCUUCUACAACGACACUAAAUCCCAGUCUCGGACGGUCAUGACCAACGAUGCCGGCCACUUCGCCAUGAGAGCCCCGCUCGACUUUGUCCCGACGCAUGUCCGAGUAUUGGCAAACGAAGACCUGUCCGCCAUCCAAGCCAUCAGGAUCAUUGAGCCAGAAGGCGUGUCAAUAAUUAGCGACGUCGAUGAUACUAUCAAGGUUUCGAACAUCUCAGGGGGCGCCAGGGAGAUAUUUAGAAAUGCAUUCGUGAGAGAUCUAUCUGAGCUGACAGUUGAAGGAGUCGUCGACUGGUACAAGGAGAUGGCGGCCCUGGGCGUCAACAUACACUACUGUUCCAACAGCCCCUGGCAGCUCUACCCUGUCCUUUCCACCUUCUUCAAGCUCUCUGGCUUACCACCGGGUUCACUGCAUCUGAAACAGUACACCGGCAUGCUGCAGGGCAUAUUCGAGCCUGUCGCGGAGCGAAAGAAGACCACUCUCGACAGGCUUAUGAGAGACUUUCCUCAAAGGAAGUUUCUCCUCGUGGGCGACAGCGGAGAGGCUGACUUGGAAGUGUAUACGGAGCUGGCCACAGCCAACCCAGGCAGGGUCCUGGCUAUUUUUAUCCGGGAUGUGACGACACCCGAAGUGACAGAUUUCUUUGAGCCUUCAAUUGGCCGGAAAAUGUCGAACAUUUCGCUGGCCAGCGGGCCGACGAGACCCCAGCCCUCGCGGCAGAACUCGGCCAUGCAGACGCCCCGAGAAUCACCAAGAUCAAGUGGCCCGCUCAUGGGCGACCUGAUAGAUCUCUCUGAGGAGCCGCAGCCCAAGCGCAACAAUGCAUCUGAGCUGCUGGCGAAGAAGGUGCCGCCCCCAAGACCUGCGAAGCCGACGGCAUUAAGGAGUACGCCGUCUCAAGUUGGCUUGAAUGAGAAUGCCGGCUUGGGUGUGACUACGGACGAGGAGAAGCCACCGCCGCUUCCUGCCAGGAAACCCGUCCCCGGACAGCACCCGCUAGCUAAUAUGCAAAACUCUUCAGAGCAGACCAUUGGGAGGAACUCGAAUUCAAGUGGUAAGCAGGCGCCGCCGCCGCCUCCGCCGCGCCGGCGUCCAUCUAGCUGGAAGAGCCUGAGCCCCAAAUUUUCCUCCACGGGCCGGACCUUCUCAAACAACAAUUCAGACGUCGACUAUGAUCCCCUCCCGCCGCCGUCGACCGCACCGCAGCCGUCAUUCAGCUUCUCCCGGAUGCCGACGCGGUCUCCCACCACAUCUCCACCGGGCUCGCCACCGCUGGGUCCACAGGGCGCGCUCAACAGGAAGGUAGAUCUGUGGAAUCGACGGCUCGCUCGGGCAGAAGAUCAGCUCGCCCAGCUGGGAGUGAAGCUGUAUACGUGGCGGCGAGGCCAAGACGUGGUAGAGGAGGCUGCGGGCCUGGUCAGGAAGGCCAAGGAGGAGAUGGAGACGAGUAGGAGAUUUACGUCUCGGUGA